UGCGUUGCUUCAUUCCUCUGGUUGUCAUGUGCCAAAGCAAAAGGUGGUCAGCUAGCUAUCACAAUAAUGUACUAAGAGCAUGUUAACUAUAUAACCAAUUGCCAAUAGGUUUUUGAAAUGUUUAUCAACGUCUCCAUGCAGAGAGAACAAUAUAAAAGCAACCAUUUAGACAUAAAAUGCAAAAGGAGUGUUAGCUAGAUAGCGUUAGCUUAGCCGUUACCUUAAAGAAUGGCAGAAAGAAAAGAGAAAACAUUUAGGUUUGUCAUCGUAGGAGGCGGCAUUGCGGGUGUCACAUGUGUUGAGCAGCUGUCAUCACAGAUUCCGUCAGCUGACGUUGCUCUGAUUACAGCAAGCCCUCAUAUCAAGGCAGUGACCAACUACAAACAGGUGUCCAAGACACUGGAAGAGUUUGAUGUUGAGGAGCGACCAUCAAGUGUUUUGGAGGAGAAGUUUCCCAACCUGACUGUCAUCCACUCUGCUGUCAAAUCCCUUCACACACAGUCACAUGCAUUGGAAACUACAGAUGGCCGUGUUUUUGGUUAUGAGAAGCUGUGUAUCUGCGGCGGGGGAAGACCAAAACUCCUAACCCAGGACAACCCUUACGUUCUGGGGAUACGGGACACAGACAGCGCCCAGGAGUUUCAGAAGCGGUUAUCUAAGGCAAAGAGAAUCGUUGUUGUUGGCAAUGGAGGGAUUGCACUGGAAUUAGUGUAUGAAGUGGAGGGUUGUGAGGUGAUCUGGGCUGUGAAGGACAAGGCCAUAGGAAACACCUUCUUUGAUGCGGGGGCUGCACAGUUCCUCAUCCCAUCUCUGGAGGCUGACAAACCAGAAAGAGCCUCUCCCUGCAAGAGAACUCGCUACACCACGAAGGAACCAGCGCCUGGAGGAUCUCACACGUUCACAGCAGAUAGAAAUGCUCGAAGGCAAGGUUCUAGUUCUACAGAGGCUGGCAGUGCCCUCGGUCCAGACUGGCAUGAAGGGAUAAAUCUUCAAGGUUCAGAGCAGGGGACCCGCAGAGUUUCACUGGAAUAUCAGUGUGAGGUGGAAAAGAUCUUCACCUCUGAGGAGCUGCUCAAUUUCCCUCAGCAAACACUCAGACCUGAGAAUGUAGGAUCCUGGCCAGUUUACAUCAAACUGACCAACGGGAAAACAUAUGGCUGUGAUCUUGUGGUCAGUGCCACCGGUGUCGUGCCAAACACUGAGCCAUUUCUCCAUGGCAACAAUUUUGCUCUGGCAGAUGAUGGGGGCCUGCAGGUAGAUGACCACAUGAUGACAUCAGAGCCAGACGUGUAUGCUGCUGGAGACGUGUGCACUGCAUGCUGGGAACACAGCCCGAUGUGGCAGCAGAUGCGUUUGUGGACUCAGGCCCGUCAGAUGGGCUGGUACGCCGGACGCUGCAUGGCGGCACACGUCCUGUCAGAACCAAUAGAACUGGACUUCUGCUUUGAACUCUUCUCACACAUUACCAAAUUCUUCAACUACAAGGUGGUCCUGCUAGGGAAGUUCAAUGGGCAGGGGCUGGGGUCCAACCACGAGCUGCUGGUACGCUGUACCAAAGGCCUGGAGUAUGUCAAGGUCAUUCUCAGUGGAGGUCGGAUGGUGGGAGCCGUGCUGAUCGGGGAAACAGACCUGGAGGAGACUUUCGAGAACCUGAUCCUCAACCAGAUGGAUCUGACCCCCUAUGGAGAGGAGCUGCUUAACCCUAACAUUGAUAUAGAGGACUACUUUGAUUAGGCAUGAGAGGUGUGAUUUAAGACUUGUGAAGGAAUUGUGCAUCCUAUCCUGUCAGAGUUUGUCGGUUUCUUUUUGUUGUAUUGCCAGGGGAAGCAGUUUUCUGAUGAAGUAGCAAUGAUCAUGGUUUUAUUAAGACUCUUGUAAAUUUGAGAAUAUUACUUUGCUUUCAAAUAAAUUAUCUUCAAAACCGA